AUGAAGCAGGAGGAGCUGGCUGAGCGUCUGCAGAGAAAGGUCAGAGGGUUCACUAACCCACAAAAGGAGGAAUACUUCAAGAAGAGUGGUUGUCACCUCUCAGAGGACAUCUGUGCAGAUCUGUCCUCAGUUCUCAGCUCUCAGUCCUCCAGUCUGACAGAACUGGACCUGAGUAACAACCACCUGCAGGAUUCAGGACUGAAGAAGCUUUGUCCUGGACUGGAGAGUCCACACUGUCACCUGGAGUCUCUCAGGCUGUCAGGCUGUAUGAUCUCAGAGGAAGGCUGUGCUUCUCUGGUCUCAGCUCUGAGCUCCAACCCCUCCCAUCUGAGAGAGCUGGACCUGAGCUACAACCAUCCAGGAGAGUCAGCAGUGAAGCUUUUGUCUGCUGGACUGAAGGAUCUCCGCUGGAGACUGGACACUCUCAGGGUGGAGCCUGCUGGACAACGAUGGAUGACACCAGGUCUGAGGAAGUAUUCCUGUCAACUCAUCAUCGACACAAACACAGUCCACAAACGCAUCAAACUGUCUGACAACAACAGGAAGAUGAUGUAUGUGGAUGAAUAUCAGUCAUAUCCUGAUCAUCCAGACAGGUUUAAUUACUGUUGUCAGCUGCUGUGUAGAGAAGUUCUGACGGGUCGCUGUUACUGGGAGGUCCAGUGGAGAGGAAGAGUUUAUAUAUCAGUGAGUUACAGAAGAAUCAGAAGGAAAGGAGACUCUAAAGACUGUGUGUUUGGAAGAAACGAUCAUUCCUGGAGUCUGGAAUGUUUUGAUGGUGGUCGGUACUCUGUCUGGCACAAUAACAGAGUAACAUCUUCCUCCUCCUCUUCCUCAGUCUCUGACAGAGUAGCAGUGUAUGUGGCCGUUCCUGCUGGAACUCUGUCCUUCUACAGCGUCUCCUCUGACAGACUGAUCCACCUCCACACCGUCAACACCACAUUCACUGAACCUCUCUCUCCUGGGUUCAUGAUCUGGUCCAAGUCUGGCUCUUCAGUGACUCUGUGUUGA